ACACUAGAGAAGAAGUGGACCGGAAAUGUGCUCCGCUGCUGUCAACAUGGAGGGCAACAUUAUUGAGGAGCCAACAACGCAUCAGCAACUGGAAUGCAUAGUCAACCGCUGGCUAGUGGAUUAUUAUUUUUUCUUGGCUAUAGACGCCGUAAGGAAUGACAAAUAUUCCGAAUUUUGUGAGGUCAGAGACGUCUUGGAACGUCUACUUCACCGUCCAUUAGAGUGUACAAAAGCAAUUCCGUCGAAGAUUCGAGUUCUCCAGUUUCUCUCGAGGAUAAAUGACGGCGAGAAACUAGAUAUGGUCUUCGAAUCGGAUGACUCUGUCUCUCCUCUGGAGUCGGCUGUAGAGGUGCUAAGAAACCUCAGUGAUAAAUGCAGUAUUUCUCAGGAAGUCAUUGAGAAAGUAUGCACUUCCAUCAAAGAGAUGUUGGUGGUGAUUUGCCUGAAGAACGGAGAGUUUGAGAAGGCAAAGGAAAUUCUUACGAAACAUUUUUCCUGUGGGAUGAUGGGGAAGAAAGCAAUAUUAAUGGGGUUGGCCAAUCAGAAGGUCCAAAGCCACGACAUUCUAGAGCAGACCAACUUCAAGAAGUUCAAGGAGGACAUGGUGAAUUUUACCGUGCAACUCUUCCCCACGUCUGAGCCGUUCCUUCACAAGGCUGCAAAGCAACUUGUGGAGAAGCGGCUGGUGGACCUCGGAGAGUCCAACCAGGGGGAUUCUGCGUUGGAGGAGGAGGCCUACCUGGCAGACGCCUCAAAGGACAACGCAGCGGUCUGCCUGAUCUCAGGAUUAGCCGCUCAAGACCAAUUCAUCGAGAAGUAUAGACUGAUGGCAGUGUACACAGCGUUAUCGAAGAACUCAAAUGAGACAAACUGGGAGCGCGUCUCCCAGGACCACAUCAAGGACCACCCUGGCAGCGACACAGUAUUCUGCGAUGCACAGUUGCGACCAGGGCGGAUCUCCCGGGUGGACUCGGGCAGCCCCAGGGAGGCCUGUGUGGUGGGCAAGCCGCCAGCGACUGAAUCCCCGUCCCAGAGCCAUUCCCCUUCAUCACGGGGGCCGGGCGUCAGGCAGAGGCCCCGGCGCUUGUACAGUGUGGCCCAGCUGGUACAGGAGUCUGACAGCCAGGUCAGCACUCAGGAACUGGACGCAGAAUUUGACUCGCCAAGAGUGGAGGUGGAGUCACGUGCAGCGGAAGGGUCUCUGCUAGAAUCAACCCAUAAGAAGAGGCGGGUGACGGUGACUUCUAAAUCGCCACAGGAGCUGCAGAGAUGGGCGGCAGCAUCAUCGGAGGACAGCAACUCGGAUAUUUGCAGGUCCUCACCAUCUACUGAGUCCCGUGACGACAAUGAAGAGGAUCAUUUGGCUAUCAUAAACCCCUCCGGCCCAACACCUCAGAAGACUGCCAAGACAAAGGGAAAACUACUGGACAGUGCAAGGGAGUCAAAGGAAAUAUGGAGCGAAGAGGAGUCUCUGUUCAUCUCAAAAAAAGCGCCGAAAAACGACAUGUAUUCGGGGUCAAACAGCAAAAAGUCCUGGUCGGAGGAGGAGAGCAACAUUUUAAAAGAAGCAGUAGCCAGGUUUGGUGAGGGAAAUUGGGCAAAGAUCAUGGGAAAAUACAAGUUUGAAAACAGAACAAAUGUCAACUUAAAGGACAGAUGGAGAACUAUGAAAAGGUUGAAGUUGGUGUGAACAGAAAAGCUCACUUUAUGAAUAUAAGAAAUUUGUGUUCCUGUUUUUAAAUCAUUUGUGCUGCAGAAACAAGGAUAUUUAACCUACGACAGUUUCGUUCUGAAGUCAAAAUUGAUUACUUUAUUUUUUACAAAAGAUGAGACUUAAUUGAGGAAAGGUACAGAAGUGGCACUGGAUGGAGAAUGAGGGGGAAGUCAUGUUAACGCAGGUCAAGAAGGAGUCAAAUAGAUUUUAUGUCAAUGUAUCCUCGUUCCUGAUAAACUCUCCCACGUCCGCUUGGUGGAACACCACGAUAGACAUGGGAUCCAUCCGCCGGCACUCCUGCGUCGUCUUGGCUGCCACACCAAAACCCUGAGGGGGGGAGGGAGGGAGGGAGGGAAGGAAAGUACCACGUUACCUUUAUGAUUAACAGACCAGCUGACUUGGCUGGAUACUACUUUUUUCUGAUUUAAUGCCUUAUACCAACAUCUUGCAUAAAACUACACGGUAUGUGGAACCAAGUACAGUUGUCACUGAAUCCAGUUUACAUGCUCGAGCCUACAAACCAAUUUAGGUAGUGAGUGCAUCCAGGACCCGAUCUAAGUACGUUUGACCAGUGACGACCACGAUAAUGCAUCCCCACCUUACAUUGUCCCCAGGCUUUCACAUUUCAUAACAAUGUCUGGAACAGUAGGUGCCCAAUUAGUUCUUAGCGAGUGAGGCAGCACUUUGUUACGUGGGUUGGACAGCUGGAGGAGGCGGGAGAAUGCUUCGGAGGGAGACUUGUGUAUCAUUGUUUACUGUCAAUUUCUUCAUUAAAAUACUUUCCAUAUUCUCCUCGU